AACGAUCACCGCCAUUUCGUCUUGGUCGAAACCCGCGAUCAUCUGUUGAGUUACAACAAGACCAUAGUCAUAGCAUAGUCAAAGGGAAAGGGGGAGAAGUGCAGCCUUGAUUUAUACAGUGGGGCACCAAAAUAAUCCUUAUCGACCACUUUUCCUGUUCUUGACCAUCUGCGAUCUCGUUUCCAGGCUGUGCGUGUACAUUGUUUCUUUUUUUUUCUCUCUUUUCUGUCUUAGGGGGAAUAAUUUGUCCCAUAAUUCCCUUGCCCAAUCGGUGUGGACUAGCCUCGCAUCUGUGAUCACUAUACAUACAGUACACACAGACAUUACACACGCAUUAAUUACUCUGGAAGGAUUAAGUCGAAAUUCAAAAAAACGUCUCUUCCUAAUACCUCCAAAGCUGGGCAUAUCAACAGCAGCUUAAAACCAUGAGUCCCAACACCCUCUACACAGCGGACACGGGUGCUCUGUUCCCAUUGGAUAGACAACUUGAGAUAAAAAGCGACACCAAACCAUUAACGCACACAAGCUCAAUUCGGGUUUACCUCCAGCUGGCUGAGGAUAACAUCUUCCUACAAGGGUUUGACCACAACAGCUUUGAAGGAAGACCACCCACAAUCCUACGUGGAGCACUCGUUGUAAGAGUCCUCAAACCGACCAAGAUCAAAUCCCUCACGCUGACUUUCAAAGGUAUCGCACGUACCGACUGGCCCGAAGGUAUCCCUCCCAAGAAGAACGAAUACGUUGAAGAGAACGUUGUCAUCACACACACAUGGCCCUUCUUCUCACAGUGCACAGGAGGGACUAACAGCGGCGCGGACAUCGUUAGAUCGCCACAGGGGCUCUAUGCGGUUCAUAGUAACCUCGGUGUGCUAUCGCAUGAAGAUGUUAGUUCACUGAACUUGGACGCCGCUUCGCAAACUACAACGACAAAUGCCAAAGCAAACCCGUUUUCACUCCUGAAGAAAGUGGCAUCACCAGAGAGAAAUAGGUCGAAUUCGCUCAUUAGCUCCAUGAGUAAUGAAAACUUGGGAGAUAGCCACUAUGUCUUCGAGCAAGGUGAUUACGUCUACAAUUUUGAGCAUCCAAUACAGGCCUCUACCCCAGAGAGCAUCGAGGCCACGUUUGGCUCUGUAAGGUACUAUCUCGAGGUGCUGAUCGAACGGUCUGGUGCCUUCAAGUCCAACAUAUCGGCCAAAAUGCCGGUCACUAUCAUUAGAGCACAGUGCGAUGAGUCCGUGGAAGACUCGGAGCCCAUUGCCAUCAGCAGAGAUUGGGAAGAUCAGCUUCAUUACGACAUCCUCAUUGCAUCAAAGGCCAUGAUCUUGGACGCCUACAUCCCAAUAGCCUUUAAGCUGAUUCCUUUGGACAAGAUCAAACUGCACAGAAUAAGGGUUUACGUUACUGAAAAUGUCGAAUACUACUGCCGUAAUAAGAAAGUACACAGGAUGGAGCCCACGAGGAAAUUCCUGUUGCUGGAACAUAGAGCUCCUCCUCCAAAGGAUGCCCCGCCAAAUGCUGAUCCAAAGACAAAGAAGAUGGGCAAUUUGCUAACGUCUGAUGGCUAUGACCUGACAGCAAAGGAAUUUGAAUUCCAAUUGUUUGUUCCAGAGAAGCUCAACGGCACCCAGAAGUUACAUCCAAACACUUCGUACCAAAAUAUCAAAGCACAUCAUUGGAUAAAGAUUUGUCUACGUCUCUCCAGGGUUAUAGAUGGGAAACCAAAGCAUUAUGAAAUCAGUAUCGACUCUCCAAUCCACGUUCUGCAUUCAAAAUGUUCGCAUGCAAAUACUUUGCUUCCAGCAUACGGCAUACCUCAGUUUGACUCCACGCAUUGUAACCAUGACUCGAACAUUUACUUUCCAAAGGACAUUGUGGACUCUCCGCCGUUAUCGCCUGAAGUUGAAGCAGUUGACGUGAACCAUAGAAGCAUAUACUUGGCUUUGAAUGGGUCAAGAUCUCGCUCAAGUUCAAGUUUGAGCCAUUCACUGCCAAACUUCGAAUCAACAUUAUCAGCAAACUUGUACAAACCACACGAAAUCCAUAAAGAACUGACUUCUCCACAGGCGUUGCCUUUGUCACCGAUGUUAUCACCAAUGCUCUCUGUGACAUCUGACCGUGAUGACGAUCUACCACCUCCUUUUGACGACGACUUGCAGUCGUUAUCACCUGUACAGCCCCAUGGCAUUGAUGCCAUUAUGGACACUGCAUCACCACCUUUGAAGAAUCCACCAAAAAACCCGCCUUCUUAUGAUGAGAUUAUGGAUACAACUUCACCAAGGUUACGAUCCAUUAUAGUCCCACACAUUGAGCUGACAAGGGCAUCAGAGUCGCCAAACACACCUACGGGAGAUCCAAAUGAUUUGGCAAGUGACUUCUCAUUUGGUGGGACAUCACCAAUUAUGCCGUCUUCUGUGAUGAGAGCAACCGCACCUGAAGCACAGCUGAUCAGAGCUUCGGUCAGGUCCGCUGCAUCGACACCAAGGGCAUCUUUGGACCUGAAUAGAACCUCACCAAGGCCUUCUGCUGAAUUCAGCGUAAGAGGAUCUAACGAAAUCGAUAACAUUCUGUCGGAUCAUGAAGAUGAAGAUGAAGAAACACCGGUUGUGGUUGCACAACCAAUUGGAAGUCCAGUGUCCAGAACAAGCUCCAUUUCCCCUUCAACUAACACAACAGUCCCAUACAUUGAUGAAGAUAUUGCAGAUAUGGCACCAUUGCUGAAUACAACGUCUACAGUGGACUCUGUCGAUGCGUUUAACCCUACGAGAUUCCAAUCAGUGGAAUCUUUCCCAAGAAGGGAGUCCCAAAGUGCUGACAUCAGUGGCUUGUAUCAAUCCCCACAAAAUAUCUUCACUGGCAGCUCCAUCUUUGACUCUCCAUUCGUCUCUCAAAGACAGCCAUCGUUUUCCACACCUCCUGUUAGACCAGUUUCUGGAGUACGCCGUCGUUCAAGUGCUCAAACUGCAAAUCCUGUGAUGGCAGUACUAGGUGGUGAUGAUCAAGAUGAGAUUAUUGAAGAAUCUGAAAGCGUUGCUAAUUCACCUAGUGAUAGUAGCACCUUUCAAGAGAACGAUCAUUCGAGCUCAACGCUUGCUAGUGGUGGUGGUGAUGUUGCAGUUACAGGUGUUAGAAAGCCAUCGCCUAUCAAUAUUGACUCAUCAGGGGCAGAUGCUCAUAAUGAGAGUGCCCAAGUUCCAUCCUAAUAUGUGCAAACCAACAUAUUUUUCGUAUAACUUUUAUCAUUCAUUUAAUUUAAUAGUAAUCAUAAGUUAA